AUGGUACUUGGGUUUUUCACACAAGGACAUGCAACUAAUGUUAGGCUAUCCGGAGGCAAAGGUCCUUGGGAAGGAAGACUUGAAAUAAACCACAAUGGUAGUUGGGGAACAGUAUGUAAUCGUGAAUUUAGAUUAAAUGACGCCAAAGUUGUUUGUCAUAUGUUAGGAUAUCAGAGGACAUGGAUUAGAACCAGUGGAAGGGCAGUGCAAGCAUUUAGUGGGGCUCAUUUUGGAAGGGCAACUGGUUCUAUUCUGUUAGAUUAUUUACAUUGCACUGGUAAUGAGACGAAUAUUGACAACUGCAGAUCAGAUGGCUGGUACAGAACUAACUGUUAUCAUUCUCAGGAUGCCGGGGUUGCCUGCUUAGGAAUACGAUUGGCUGGUGGUACAGGACCAUAUGAAGGGACUGUAGAGUUGAAUAUAAAUGGAGUGUGGGGAUCUAUUUGUGAUAACGCUUUUGAUAUUGAUGAUGCACACGUGAUAUGUAGAAUGGCAGGAUAUCCAAGGUAA